UCCAAGAGCAAAAAUGUGAGGAAGAGACCCAAACCAUUGUGACAGAUCGAAAGCGCACACACCGAACGAUUAGUUAUGGAGGCAAUUGAGGAACGCUCGGACUAGAUGGUAGGUCCAAAUUCUACGCAGGUGAUAGCUGAAGCUAAGGAACAUGUUACUCAAGAGCUUCCGCACGAGGAUCAUCCGCUGAUCACCAAAAGUCAAUCAGAUAUGCUCCAAGAUGAUGAAGACUACUUUAUCUACCCGAUCUACUCAAACUACGACUCGCCCCACAAACUUGUUACUGGACUCAAACGUUACAAGUCAUUACACCCUGAUGCAAAGACGUACCCUUCUUAUCUUCAAAGGGCCAUUCAGUUUCACAAAAAACACAAUUUGAAGCUCUCAACAACUGUCAAGGGAUGUAGCGGCUGAGGAAAAAACCCUAAGCGCCAACGGCGAUCUCGAGCUGCAGCCAAGGUUGGGUUUGAAUUGGCAAGCAUUGUGACUCACGUGCGCAGGUUCCCCUCAUUCGCACAAUCGCAAUGGCUAUUCGUCCAUUCGCAUCCAGACUUCAUCCGCUACGAAGCCCCAUUCGUUCGUCGUUCACCCCUCGUGCCCUCGCUAGUUGCUGACCUCACGACAACGGAUUGUCCGUCCCUGCCUCGCUUCCUUGACAGUCGGUUCCCUCGCCAGUUCCCUCCCCUGCAUCACCGCGUGACAGCUGUGUCACGAACUCCAACCUCAAUAGGGCGAAGGCAGUUACCUAGUUUGGGUUUUGGAACAGUUUUAUACUGGAGCUCUUUACCUUUACAAGAAAAUAUAAGGUUUGCAUUUAGAGAUAAGGAAUUCAUCCACAAUCCACAUGGAGAGGAAAAGAAUGAAACCACACAAUGGAUGAUCUCACCUUACGAAACCAGUUGAGAAAUUGACACUGGAUGCCCCAAAUUAUGAGCAGUUUAUUACGAUUUAGGUUUUUGUAUGGUAUGUAUAAUUUUGUAGUUGAUUAUGCAAUUUUAGACUGGAGAGAUACAAGUGUGAGAUGUACUAUAAAUGUACUAAAUGUGAUGCUUUGUAUUUGUUAGUUAUAUAUAAAAGAUUAAUUUUU